AUGAACAAAAAAAGGAGAAUCACAGGCGGGGGGUCGAACCAAAAACUCUCGGCUUCAUGGCCAACAGUGUAUACCACUAGACCAAUUGUGUACAUAGCUGGAGCUCUGGGAGCUGAAUCUCUGGGAGCUGAAUCUCUGGGAGCUGGAGCUCUGGGAGCUGAAUCUCUGGGAGCUGAAUCUCUGGGAGCUGAAGCUCUGGGAGCUGAAUCUCUGGGAGCUGAAUCUCUGGGAGCUGAAGCUCUGGGAGCUGAAGCUCUGGGAGCUGAAGCUCUGGGAGCUGAAGCUCUGGGAGCUGAAGCUCUGGGAGCUGAAUCUCUGGGAGCUGAAGCUCUGGGAGCUGAAGCUCUGGGAGCUGAAGCUCUGGGAGCUGAAGCUCUGGGAGCUGAAGCUCUGGUAGCUGAAGCUCUGGGAGCUGAAGCUCUGGGAGCUGAAGCUCUGGGAGCUGAAGCACUGGGAGCUGAAGCUCCGGGAGCUAAAGCUCUGGGAGCUGAAGCUCUGGGAGCUGAAGCUCUGGGAGCUGAAGCUCUGGGAGCUGGAGCUCUGGGAGCUGAAGCUCUGGGGGCUGGAGCCCUGGGAGCUGAAGCUCUGGGAGCUAAAGCUCUGGGAGCUGAAGCUCUGGUAGCUGAAGCUCUGGUAGCUGGAGCUCUGGGAGCUGGAGCUCUGGUAGCUGAAGCUCUGGGAGCUGGAGCUCUGGUAGCUGAAGCUCUGGGAGCUGGAGCUCUGGGAGCCGCACCUGGAACUGGAGCAAUUGGAACAGGAGGUUAUGAUCCUGAAGCUGAAAUUGGAGCAGCUGGAACUAGAGCUGUUGGGGCCGGAAAUGGAUCUUGGAAUACAUCGACAACUACAUAG